AUUUCAAAAGUUUUAACUUGCUAAUUUAAAUAAAUAGCAGCAAACAGGGAGGGACAAUUUCAACAGAGGAGGAUUAAGUCACGGGCUAUCACUGGGACAGUGUGGAGUCAAAUAAUCUCAUCAGAGAUCUCAAGGAAUUUAUGAGCAGUUGUCAAACUUCCUUUUUCCUGUGUGAGUGAAGUAGAGAUCAGAAGAAGCAGGUAUUGGCGGAAAGAGUGGUCCUUGGAGAAGACACACGAUGCAGCCUGAGAAGAGACAAAAGAGGAAAAGCUUCAAGCAGAGACUGGUCCUGAAGAGCAGUUUAGCUAAAGAAACACUGUCUGAGUUCUUGGGCACACUUAUAAUGGUCGUCCUUGGAUGUGGCUGUGUCGCCCAAGCUACCCUCAGUCGAGGACAUUUUGGAGGAAUUGUCACUGUCAAUGUUGGAUUCGCAAUGGCAGUUACAAUGGCCAUUUAUGUGACUGGAGGUGUCUCUGGUGGCCACAUCAACCCAGCUGUGUCUUUUGCAAUGUGUCUCUUUGGACGGAUGAAUUGGUUCAAAUUGCCUUUUUAUGUGGGAGCCCAGUUCUUGGGAGGCUUUGUAGGUGCCGCAGUCCUCUUCGGUAUUUACUAUGAUGGACUUAUGUCCUUUGCUGGUGGGAAACUACUCAUCGUGGGAGAAAAUGCAACAGCACACAUUUUUGCAACAUACCCAGCUCCUUAUCUGUCUCUGGCGAAUGCAUUUGCAGACCAAGUGCUGGCCACCAUGUUUCUCCUUGUGGUUGUCUUUGCCAUCUUUGACUCCAGAAACUUGGGAGUCCCCAAAGGCCUAGAACCCAUUGUCAUUGGCCUCCUGAUUGUUACCCUUUCUUCCUCUUUGGGGCUGAACAGUGGCUGUGCCAUGAACCCAGCUCGAGACCUCAGUCCCAGACUGUUCACUGCUUUGGCCGGAUGGGGGUUUGAGGUCUUCAGAGUUGGAAAUAACUUCUGGUGGGUUCCUGUAGUGGGCCCUUUGCUUGGUGCUGUCAUUGGAGGCCUCAUCUAUAUUUUUAUCAUUGAAAUCCACCAUCUGGACCCUGACCCAGACCUGGAGGCAGAACAGUUUGAAGACAAACCAGAGAAACAUGAACUUAGUGUGAUAAUGUAGCAGCAUGCUCAGUUCCAGGUUUACAGGUGGCUGAGCUGAUGGAAAGAUGGCAUCCAGGUAUCUACGUUUUCCUGAGACUGGGGCAGAUCUGCCCAGUGUUCUCUGCUAACCACUAGGGACACCUAAUUGGAAAAGCAUCUGAAUGAAGUUUUGAAAACACUGACCUCUGCUCUACCAGCCCCCCUCCCCAGAAAUAGCAUGAACUGACUCCUGAAACAGCCUUCUCUCCACCCUGUUUCUUUCAUUCUUUCAUGUGAAGUUUCAUUACUGGGUGCACACUAAUAACUUGGAACUUUGACCAUGGACUUAUUUGGAUAGUCUCACUGUAUUAUCUGAUUAUCUGUAUAAAACAGUAACACCAAAUGCUUUAUUUUCAAAUCCACAAAGGUUACAUUCUGAAUAUCAACCAAAACUAAACUGAAAGAGGAAACAGUGGUUUCAGUUCAUAUGCCCAUGAAUUUGGGGACUAAAGGGUUAACUCCCCGGUUUUGCUGUGCCACUACUAUUAUAUAAAUAUUGAUAUGCUCCAAACCCAGGGAUGUAAGAAGCAGUAGAAUGCAGCUGGAAAGCAUAAGAGAAGGACAUUGUGGCAUUCAGAAACCUCAGGAGACAAGAUAAAUUUGGGAAACCAAAUGGAAUUUUUAAAUGGAAACCAUUUAUCAGAAUAAUCCCUUGCUCUUUGCAUUUUUAGAGGGCACCAAUUAAUUUCCUGGUCUUUAGUAUGUAAUAACCUAAAAUACAAUCAUAACCCUCAGUCAUGAAAAAUACAUCACUCUGUAUUUUUAGCUCAAAUGUCUUUUCCUAAUUGCCCACUUGAGGACAGACAUUUGACAAGUGAAGUCAAUGACUGCACUCAUCCAUUCUUCUGUACGUACCCUAGCAGCCAAAAAUAGAAAGCCAUUGGCUCCCGGUCUAGUGUAGUCUUCAGGAUAGAAGGUCCCUGGAGAUAACAUAGCUCUCAGCCUUCACAGUAAACAAAGCACUUUCACACGUAUUAUCUAAUUGAGUCCUCAUAGAGACAGUCUGAGCUUCAUAGAUUUUUUUUUUAUAAGAACACAAAAUGUCAGGGAAGCUAAGUGAGUGGCCUAGGUCAGGUGGAAAGUGGAACACCUUCUCCAGUAUCCUGCUCCGUUCAGAAGAUCAGUACCUGGCUGAGAAUCUCAGCCAGCCCUUAUGGCGGCCAGAAGGAACAGGAUUGACAGCUGCCAGGAUGUGUACACCUUAUGGACAUAAUUCUCCAUCCUGAGAUAAAAGACCUUCAUUGUCUGGUUUUAUUCCUGCUGUUCUGAAGCAUUAACAAAGGAAAGAGGUAAUGAUUUGAUCAUGUGUUUCGUCUGCUGAAAAACAUUAUCAUAAGACCUCCUUUCCUAGUCCACCAUUAUUAUUCAGUCUCAAUUCUCCCUCCCUGCCAGUCCCAAACACUACAUUCAGGAAGUCUCCCCUGGGUUAGGCUCUUCUCUUUAAAACCCUCCAAUUGAUGUUCUUUGGUCAAAAGAGUCACUGAGUUACAAACACCAGAGAAAUUGCUCUACAUCAAGUGCUGCAUCUUUAGUCAAACUGUUAAAAAGCCCAGAAUUCCCAAAGGGACCCAGUUUUUCAAUUACUCUGUGAUAAUAGCAGAACCACAAAAAGCAGAAGUAAAAUACCUCCUGUGGCCUGUGUUCUGUAAUCUACUGACAUGUGAAAUUUUUUUCUUGCUCCACAACUACUUGGAUAUUUCCUAUUUCAAAUAAAAUUGGAUUUUUUUAUUUGA